GCCGCAUGUGGGGCGCAGGCGGCGGAGUCUCCACCUCUUCUGGCAGCGGGAACCUGUGGCUGCCAAGCUCCAUUAAAGCCAUCCGCAGCCGGGGGGACGCGCUCCGCGGCGAAGGCGGGGUGGGCUGCAGUGCUUUAUUUUAAAAUAUAUACUUUUCUUUUUGCGCCCCCCCCCCCUCCCUUCAUCCCUUGGCAAGGCUCGGGCUGAGCGGGACGCCUGCGGGCUGAAGCCAGGGUGCCGCCGCCGCGGGCACCGGAGCGCCGGAGGCGGCCCAUGGCGGCACCACCGGGCGCCGCGCCCCGCUGAGCUCCGCGGGCACCGGCGGCGAUCGCGCCUCUGCCGGGACACACAGCGGGCACCAUGGUCCGGUGCUGGUGGCUCGCAGGGCUGCUCGUAGCCUGCGCGGCCGCGGAGCCGCACUGCCGCCAGCAGCUGCGCCACCUGCAGGACAGCGCCGGGAUCGCCGCGCGGCUGCCGCCCCGCCUGGAGGGGCGCUGGGUCUCCACCGGGUGUGAGGUGCGGCCGGGCCCCGAGUUCCUGACCCGAUCCUACCUGUUCUACACCAACCGGCUCUUCAAGGCUCUCCAGUUCUACUACUGGGACCCGUCCUGCCGCGACCCCUCCUACUCGCUGGUCAUCAAGGGCAAGCUCCGGCUGCGCCAGGCCUCCUGGAUCACCCGCGGGGCCACCGAGGCCGACUACCACCUCCACAAAGUGGGCAUCGUGUUCCACAGCCAGAAGGCCAUGCGGGAGGUGGCCUCGUGGAUCAACCAGACCUCUGGCGAGGGCUGCCGCGGGUUCCUGCCCCCGGGGCGCUCCUGGGCGCCCGGAGCCCUGUACGAGGUGCUGAGCGCCAGGACGGAGCGCGACUGCACCGCGGCCCUGGGCUUCGCCAUGCACGAGCUGAGCCUGGUGCGUGUGGAGAGGCACUUCCAGCCCCUGCUGCAGCCGCAGCAGAGCGGGAGCCGGCUGGUGGAGGAGCUGUACCUGGGGGACAUCCACACGGACUGGGGAGAGAGGCUGCACUACCGCCCCACCGGCUACCAGCGCCCCAUGCAGAACGCCCUGCACCACGUGCACCCUUGCCCGGCGUGUGGGAUUAUCUCCAGGGCCGAUGAGCACCAUCCCCCGAUCCUGCCCGCCAGAGCCGCGCUGCCCAUGCAGCUCAGCGGCAGCUGGGUCAGCACCCACUGCGAGGUCCGGCCGGCCGUGCUCUUCCUCACCAGGUACUUCACGUUCCACGGCAACAACCAUACCUGGGAAGGGCAUUACUAUCACUACUCCGACCCGCUCUGCAGGCAGCCCACGUUCACCAUCUACGCCUCCGGGCACUACACGCAGGGCAUCCCCUCCUCCAAGGUGCGGGGCGGCACCGAGCUGGCUUUUAAAGUCACCCAGGCUCGGGUGACACCGCUGGACCAGCUGACCGUGGUGAUGCUCAACUCCUCGGAACCGGGCAGCUGUGGCUUGGCGGGCUCCUGGAGCGCCGGGGUGGAGCAGGAUAUAACACCCACGAACGGAUGUUUGGCUCUGGGCAUCAAGCUGCCCCACACCGAGUAUGAACUGUUCAAAACGGAGCGGGACACGCAGGACCGCAGCCUCCUCUACAUCGGGGAGCGGCCCACGGACGGCUCCAGCCCCGACAGCCCCGACAAGCGACCCACGUCCUACCAGGCCCCUCUGAUCCAGUGUGCUGCAGCCUCAGAGGAAUUCUCCAACUACAUUAGUCUGAAAUACGUGGGAAGAAAGGAUGCUAAUGGGAUCAAAGCACUAAAACCUUUGCCUGUGGCCUUUUUAUUGUUUAUAGCACUUCUGUUUUUAAGAUGGGACUAGUUAUCUCUUCAGGUACAGAGCAGAAUUCAGAUAAAUCUUGGUGCUAGCGUGAUUUUUAUAUCCUUCAAAUGAGCACAUCUGGAAUCAGUUUUACUCAGAUUUGGAAACACUUUUUAAAAACACCCAAUAGUGAAUGAAGCCAGGGAGAUAUGCCUGACUCCACACUGUUUGUCCUGUGGCUUUAUUGCCUAAUCUCCCCUCUUUGCGUGCAAAUUUAAUGUACUGACACGGAUGCACUGCACAUUGCAACAGAUAAUUUAGCAACAUGAAGGGGGAAAAAAGUGACAUCAAUUAAAAUUGCUGCUUUGAGCUUUUGACAUUGCUAAGAUUUAAUCAAGAGCUUGAUUCAGAUGUAAUUCAAACAUCCAAAGUGUUGGCUGCUGAGUUUCUUUGAGGUUAAGUUCCCUCCCAUCACACUCCUUUUUGCUGUUCAUGCAAAUUUAAUCUGCAGAGUCAGUCAGCAAUAAACAGUCAAGUGUUCUUGAGAA